AUGGCCGAGAUUGACGCCAUAUUGUUUGAUCUGGAUGAUACGCUCUACCCCGUGAGCACGGGCUUCUCAGAUCAUCGGAAUGGCGAGGUAGUUUGCAAGUUCAUGGUGGACUACCUGGGCUUCGAUUCCAUGCAGUCUGCAAAGGCGUUACGAGAUGAGUAUUUCCAGCGUUAUCACUCGACGAUGAAAGGACUCAACGUGGCCAUGGAGGAGGGCCGAUUGCCCAAGCCUUUCCAACAGGAAGAUUUGGGCCAAUUCUGGGCAGAUCACUGUGACUUUGCCAGGUUCAUCCAUCCAGACCCUGAGCAAUUCCAAGUGAUCCACAGCCUGGCUCAGGUGGGUCUCAAGCUCGCCGUGUUCACAAACUCGCCGCGCAAGUAUGCUUUGAGCUGCUUAGACAAACUGGGCCUCCGUACACUCUUCCCUGACGACCGUAUCUUCGCUGUGGAGGAUGUGCUCCCUGCCUGCAAGCCUCAGCCGGAAGCAUUCAAGCAAGUGCUGGAGAGUAUUGGGUCCUGUCCGGAAAAGACUGUCAUCUUCGAGGACUCGAUGAAGAACAUUCGCGCAUGCAAGGCCCUGGGCAUACGUACCGUUCUCGUAGAUGAGUUCAAGGGUGGUGCUACGGGUGCGGCAGCAGGCGAAGCAGCGCUGCUGCACGACAUUCCAGAGCAUGCUGACCCGGCAGUGGAUGUGGUGAUCAAGGACCUUCUGGAGGUGCCUACGGUACUGCCUGGCAUGUGGCACAAGCGCUUCGAGGCAGUUCGUCCCAGGUACAUGGCUCCGGAGAUCAUACGUGGCGAGGGCUACUCAGGCUUUGCAGCUGACAUGUGGGCCCUGGGAGUGGUGCUCUUUGCGCUGCUCUCGGGCACCUUGCCCUUUUCGGCGAAGACUGAGAUGCAACUCUAUGCCAGAAUUCGACGUGGCAGCUUCACGUUUCCUGAUUGUCUCGGCGACUCACAGAAGCGCCUGCUCCGUGGAGUCAUGCGAAAGGAUGCUACGGCCAGGCCCUCGGCCUCAGCGCUCUUGCAGCAUGCCUGGGUGGCCGGCCGCGAUGAUGCAGGAGGACAUCUCUCGAGUGCAGCUGCCGCCACUGCCUUCAUGACUGAUAGUGGAAGGGCCUCGAACAGGCCGCGGGGAUGUGAUUGUGCGUGA